AUGUCUUCCCAAGCCGAUCCCUUGAUGGCCGGCUCAGCGGACGAGGGCAGCAAGAACGCCGUUUAUCUCCGGCUCAAAAGUAAAGGCAAACACUAUCAUGCAAAUAUCCCAGUAUUGAAGCGCUUGCCUUUUCCUUCUAUUGCAAUUAUAUCGUUGCUGGUCAUUGUAAAUCUCUUGGUAUGGAUUGCAGUUGGUAUAGUUCUUAGCUAUCACACGCAUGCUCUCGAUGCAGACCACAUCUCGGUAAUCACGAUCCAUAUGUUCUGUUAUGGACGCAAUGUUGACACCAAUAGNGCCAUUGAUCUUAUGACUCGUCGUCUCAUUGCGACUGGACAGCGUCCAGUCACAGUCGGCACUUUCUUCUCGUUAGGACACUCAACGUAUUGA